AUGGAAUAUUUGAGAGGUACCAUGAAUUAUGGUAUCUUCUAUUGUGGAUUUUUCAUUGUAUUAAAGGAUUACAGUGAUGCUAAUUGGAUUUUUGAUUUAAAUGAGAACAAAUGCACUAGUGGUUAUGUGUUCACUUUUGAUGGUGGUGCAAUAGCAUGGAAAUCAGCCAACCAGACAAUAAUUGCUAGAUCAACUACAAAAUCAGAAUUUAUAGCUCUGGAACUAGCUGGUUUUAAGGCUGAUUGGUUAAGAAAUUUCUUAGUCGAUAUUCCUCCAAGUAAGGAUUUGUUGCUUCCUGUAUCCAUACAUUGUCAUUGUCAAGCAGUGAUUGCUAUUACUGAAAACAAGACAAUUACGAUUGACAUUCAAGCAGCUUGUGGAAGAAACUAUGAGAUUAGGCAAUCUAUCACCAUUGUUUUCCGAACUGGGAAAAGGGAUGUUAAUCACAAAGCAUAUAGCUUAAGAGUUGAUGAAGCUCUUGACAGGAUACAAAAUAUCCAGAGGAUGGAGAGUUGUAAGUUGGCUAAGGCACAUUCACACAGAAUUACAGAUCCAAAAAAUUAUGAAGAUGCGUUGUGUUUCGAUCCAGAUAGAUGGAACGGACAAUCAAAUCCUGGGACAUUUUGGGCUUUUGGAGGGGGGUCAAGGUUAUGUCCAGGAAAUAUGCUUGCUCGAAUGCAGGUUGCCAUUUUUAUCCACCAUUUUGUCUCGGGGUGCAGAUGGGAACUAGUAAUUGCUAAUGCAGGGAUGCGUUACCACCGACAUCCAAUACCAGUUGAUGGGGUUGAGAUAAACAUAAGCAGAAUCUAA